AUGCAAAAAAUGUUGAAUACGAUCAUGAUACCUUUGAUUAUCAUGCUUUCAAUAUUUAUACAAACAAAAGGAAAUGAUCUUGCACCAAUUCCAUCGUCGGUAUCACCAGAACCUCAAUCAGAGAACCAAUUCUUUCUUGACCCACUAACUUGUAUUCACGAUGUGAAAAAGGUUCCAAAGUGUAUGGACGCAGUGUUGCACUUCCGAUUCAAACAGGUCACAAAGAAGUGUUGUUAUGUCAUAUUCUCUCUUCCCGAAAGUUGCUUUGGGUUUUUGUUUCCUAUUCCUUAUCUCUACCAUCCUCUUCUUAAGGCUGCUUGCAAAUUACUUACUCACCAUGGAUAA